AUGUACACCACUCCUUCGCUCUCUGUUUUAACUUAUACUCUUUCCUGGUGCUACUACUCCACCGUCUUCCCUCAUUUCUUCUACUAUCUCUUGUUUCCUUAUGCUCGCCAUCGGUCGUGGUUUCCUCAAAGCCCAUCCCGUCGACACAGCUAUCUCAAUCCAAUUACUAAUCUUCAGUCCUGUUUGUCACUUUUCCAGAUAACAGAGCGUCAUAACUUAUAUGUUGAUGCUGUUACUUGCUACUCACUUCCUCUCUAUGAUAUUCUUUUACAUUCACCACCUACUACUAAUACUCUCUAUUCAUCUAGCUUUAUACCACCGAAUCUUCUCUUAGACGGCUCCAACGUUGCAAAGAAGCUUCUUGUAAGCGACAUUUUCCGGUUAGAUGCUGAUCAUCAGGUGCUUCGUGUUCGUUCUUCCUUCCAAUUUGCUAGCCAUCCUAUUGUCUCCCAACGUGUUGCUGAUUUCAUCAAUUCUCGUCAACUGAUAUUCCAACCUUUCUUUGCACAACAAUGCUUCAUUGCUCCCCGUCCAGCCCUAGACCCUCAUCAACCUCCCUCUCUGCGGGCGUUUUGCCGUAGCAUUUUCGUCCCUCCUUCUUCCUCGCCUUCGCGUAGUCGGUUGCCACUCAACAGCAUCCGCUUUUUUAAAAAACUACGCAAAAACCUACCCUCUUCCUCCUCCUCUCUUUCUCCUCUCCAACCUCCUCAAUGGCGCUCAUUCUGGACACUCGCAAUUCCCCUUGCUGCUCGCACGGUCUGGUAUCGGGCUAUAUAUGAAAAAAUCCCCACCAGAGCCCUCCUACAUCUACGCAUUCCUGACAAUCACCCUUCUCACCGCUGUAUAAUCUGCCCUGCCUCUCCCACGGAGGAUAUCACACAUGCUCUGUUCUCCUGUCCUCCCAAGUUGCUGGUCUGGCGAUACAUGUAUCACACCUAUCUUUCUGCUUCUCCAUCAAUCUCUGAUGUUGAUCUGAUUCAUUUCUUACAACAAACUUUACUCUGUUCUUCCCCUCUUCUUGAUCGUGAUCCCUCUCUCUCGUUCAAUGAACUCUCUAUUCCUCAACUUUUCGCAACUACUCUUUUGACAAUUUGGCAAGCGCAUUGGCGCUGGAUCUUCGACCGAACCCCGUUCAUCGCUGACACCGUUCAACUUCGCCUUGCUCGCUCUCUUGCUCGUUUGGAUGCCGAGUUAAAUCUUGAUUCGUAA